GUUUCAAGGUGACAUUUGAGAAGUGCCAGUUUUUCCUUACCACCAUCUCCUUUCUGGGACACAUGGUAACAGACCAGGGGCUCCAACCGGAGCCGCAGAAGGUGGCAGCUGUCAGGGAUGCGCCGGUGCCUACGACUAUCAUGCAAGUUCGCGCCUUUUUGGGCCUGGCCUCGUACUACCGAAGAUUUAUCAAGGGCUUCGCGACGAUUGCGGAACCCCUCACAAAUCUGCUGCGCAAAGAUCAACCGUUGAUCUGGACGCCGGAGUGUGAUCAAGCGUUUUUGAAACUCAAGGCCGCUCUUAUUUCGGCUCCGGUCCUUAUAAGGCCGAAUCCCGAAAAGCCUUUUGUUCUCAUUACUGACUUGCAGCCAGAGGUGAUUUCAGCGAUCCUCGCCCAAGUGGGACCAAGUGGACUCGAGAGCGUAGUGGAGUAUGCAUCCAAAUCGGUGCCCGCCUGCAAGCGCAACUACGCCGCUCCGACAGGAGAAUGCUACGCGGCACUCUGGGGAAUCAGUCACUUUCGCGCUUACCUGUAUGGGCGGAAGUUCACCUUGGUAACCGAUCAUGAGCCCCUGUUGGCUCUGAAGAAAUUGAAGGACUACUCUGGCAUGAUCGGGCGAUGGGCAAUGGUGCUGCAGAGCAUGGAUUUUGACAUUCGUCAUUGGAAGCACGAGAGAGACGGGAAUGCGGACGGGCUGACACGACUGCACCGGCGUGAGAAAGUUCCGAAGAAUGAGGAGGUGAUUCUGUGGAACGAACCCGAACAGGAGAUCGGACCUCGGUACGGCCAAGUGACGUGGACGCAGACCAACGAGCAUCCUGCGUGGAUCGAAAAUUUGGAGCUGUUGAUCAUCCAGGCUUGGAGGACUAACGUUGAAGGCGAUCUUCUCGACUUUCUCUUUGGAUCGGUACGGCCCGGCCGCUGCCAGCUGAUUGCGCAGGAGCUCAUCGCGCCGAUCGUGCAAUUGGCGGACGAUCUCUCGCCCGACAUCUAUUCACAAAGUGACGACAACCCUGCUCCAUACGUUCUCGAGCGGUCAUUGGACCCGUACCUACAGUGGACACCGUGCUUGGAGGAGCCCAGGGACGAAGACACUCUACCAUCACGGCAGGAGUACCUGAAGCCUUACGACAUCAUCCCUCACGCCUUCUAUCCGAAGGAGAAGGAAGUGGUGAUCGAAGACGAAGAAGAAGACGACGACGAGGAAACGUCGGAGGAGGGAAGCUAUAGCGAGUAUAGCGAGGGAGAGCUGAGUGAGGAAGAAGAGGAGGAAGAAGAAACUGGAUCUGAGUGGGAAGCCCUGCGGGAGGAAGCAGCGCGCACGGGCACAAAAGCGGAAGAUCCUGAAGCCGCACGCAAGCGGGAAAAAAUUGCCACCGGGAAACGCCAGCUGGAGUUCGCCAGAGGAGCCAGCUUGUGCAUCAGUAACGAUCCGACCAGAGAUACGGAGCCGCCGAAGCCCGAAGAUGGCGACCCAGCAGCCGCCACCUCCAGCACCGCACAACGGCGACGACGCCGAUCCCCCUCCUCCUCCAGCCCCACCCGUCCCCCAGUUCGCCCGCGUACCGAUGCGGGCGAUAGGCCUUCGUCCUCGGACGUUAACCCGCCGUCCCCUUGAUUUUCUCACCCUCAAACAGAUCCGCACCCCCGUCACCUUCCC